CUGCGUUCUGUAGCACACGGUGAUACCCGGCCAUGGACGCGGGAGUGUCUAGCAUUACGUCUACACAUAACGAUAGGAGCCGUUGGAGUUACGUCUGGACGUAAGAAUAACGAGUCUUAAGUUACGUCCAGCGGGGCGCAGGGGCUAAAGUUGCUAAAUGCCAGACUGAGAAGCGCGACGCGGUUCGUGGGUUACGUACGCCAGUGACACGGGCACACCACAGGCGCGCGGGCUAAACAGCGCGUGGCCGCGACAGCGGCCAGUAGCGCGUGACCGAGACCCUGCCAACCGGCCAUUGAGCGGCCAGUAGCGCGUGACGGAGACGCGAAAUGGCCGCACUCGCGAAGCGAGGGCGAAGCCACGAUUAGUUUUCCGCGCCCGAAGGGCGCAGAGGGCCUGCAACAGCAACCCGCAGGUGCAGCACCGUCGCCGCGUCUUCCGGUGUUUCCUGCACGCUUCUGGACGCGAUGGUGAGCUCAUGCGCUGCCUUCGGCUGCACGAAUCGUGCGAAGAAAAAGCCAGGAAUCACUUUUCAUGUUUUCCCUAAAGACAAGACGCUGCGUGACGCAUGGCAGCGCGCUGUUCGUCGAGACGGCUGGACGCCUAAGGAUGCGCACGUUCUUUGCUCGGAGCAUUUUGAAGCUGGUUGCUUCGAUAGGACGGGCCAAACUACAAGGCUUCGACAGGGUAGCAUUCCCACAGUUUUUCCAGCGUUUCCCGCACAUCUGCAGAAACCAGGCAUCAUGGAUGCUGAUGUGAAGACAGAGCCGAGUAUUUGUCAAUCCAUGCCACCUCUUGAGAUCAUGUGUGCUGACAUUAAAGCAGAGCCAAGUAGCCUUGAAUCCAUGCCACGUUUUGACCCUCUAGGCAUGGACAGAGAAGGAAAACCUGAGCCUCCAAUCCUUCUGCCCAGGAUCAUCUCUGUAGCUACAUCGACAAAUAAUACUGAAACAUCUGUAGGCACGGCUGCGUUCGACAGGGACAUAAGAACCUCUGUGGAAACUACAAUAUCACCUCCGAAAAAGCCCAUACUUAGCGUAGCUAGCGGCAUUGAGUGUGAUGUGCGGGGGCAGUGCUUCACAAGUAAGGACACCCGGAGCAUACAUCGUAUUCUGCACACAGCCGAGAAGCCACACGCAUGCUCUGUCUGCGGCCACAAGUUUGCUCACAAGUCGGCUCUCGUCCGACACGUACGUCUCAUUCAUACGAGUGAGAAACCCUACGUUUGCCUUGUCUGUGGGAAGAAAUUUCCUCUGAAGUCCACACUCGUUGCACACAGUCACGUGCACACAGGUGAGAUGCCGUAUGCGUGCCAGGUAUGCCCAUCCAAAUUCCGCAUGAAGGUGUCUUUGGACAGACACAAGCAGCUGCAUGCCAGGGGAGUAGAGAUGUGCCACUGCCCAGAGUGUGGGAAGACCUUCGAGCGCAUGAGAUCUCUGCAGCAGCACUUGAAGUGGCACAAGACGGAAAGGCCAUACCCGUGCCACCUUUGCCCAGCUAAGUUUACACAGAAAUGCCAUCUGAAAAGUCAUCUGCUGGCUCACAUGGGUGAGAAAGAGCACAAGUGUCCUCUGUGUGAGAAACGCUAUUCCAGGCGUCCACCCCUUCAUAAGCACAUGCGCCGGAUGCACCGUGGAGUCGAGAGCACUGUCUCAUGCACAGGCAGCAGCAGUGAAAUCACGACAAGUAACUCUCUGGCCACUCUUCCUCCUGGCAUGGAAGGUGUUGAUGUCAAGGAAGAGCAGAGUAGCCCUGAACCCAUGCUGCCUUUUGGCAUGACGGGUAUUGACAUCAAGGCAGAGCCGAACAGCCCUGAACCUCUGCUGCCCUUUGAGCUCACAUGUGUUGGACUCAAGCCAGAGCCAAGUAGCCCUAAACCCAUGUUGCCUUUUGAGCUCACAUGUGUUGGCCUCAAGCCAGAGCCAAGUAGCCCUAAACCCAUGUUGCCUUUUGAGCUCACCUGUGUUGGCAUCAAGCCAGAGCCAAGUAGCCCUGAGCCCAUGUUGCCUUUUGAGCUCAGAUGUGUUGGCAUCAAGCCAGAGCCAAGUAGCCCUGAACCCAUGUUGCCUUUUGGCAUGGAAGGUGUUGACAUCAAGGCAGAACAGAGCAGCCCUGAACCCACGUUGGCUUUUGAGGACGUCAAGACGAAUCAAACAAGUCUCGCUGACGAAGCUCUUGACAGUAGCAGCACUGAAAGUUCAAGAGACAUCACGGAUAUCAAGUCAGGGAUGCCUGAAGGUACUGCGGAAUCACUACCCGAAAAGCCCAGAAUUAGCAUCGGCACUUGGUCCGAGCUCGACAUUUGCAGGCGGAACGCUGGAGACAAAGACUGUGUGACAAGUCAUCAGGUGACACACCGCAAUGCGAGACGGUGCGCCUGCCCCGUUUGUGGCAAGUUUGUUUCUCCGGCAUCUAUCGCACAGCACCAGCGUCUCCACACGGGUGAGAAGCCUCAUGCCUGCCUUGACUGCGGCCAAAAGUUUGCCAAGAAGUCCACACUCGUUGCACACAGUUACGUGCACACAGGUGAGAUGCCGUAUGCGUGCCAGGUAUGCCCAUCCAAAUUCCGCAUGAAGGUGUCUUUGGACAGACACAAGCAGCUGCAUGCCAGGGGAGUAGAGAUGUGCCACUGCCCAGAGUGUGGGAAAACCUUCGAGCGCAUGAGAUCUCUGCAGCAGCACUUGAAGUGGCACAAGAAGGAAAGGCCAUACCCGUGCCACCUUUGCUCAGCUAAGUUUACACAGAAAUGCCAUCUGAAAAGUCAUCUGCUGGCUCACAUGGAUGAGAAAGAGCACAAGUGUCCUAUGUGUGAGAAACGCUAUUCCAGGCGUCCACCCCUUCAUAAGCACAUGCGCCGGAUGCACCGUGGAGUCGAGAGCACUGUCGCAUGCACAGGCAGCAGCAGGGAAAUCACGACAAGUGACUCUCUGGCCACUCUUCCUCCUGAUGACGUCAACAUGAAUGAAGAAGGACCAGCUGAAGCAGCCGUUGACAGGAGCACCUGCGUAACGCCACAGUCAAGCAGCACUGAAACUUCAUGAGGCAUCAUGGAUGGGCUGAGUGGUUUUCAGUGAAGCAGCACCAGGAAGCAUGUAGCGUUCAACUUUAGAGAGCGGCGGCAUGUCCACCUCAAGUGUGGAUUCACGCAAGCCCGCACGAGUGAGCGUGUGCUCCGUACUGACCUCAUCAGCCGCACGGUCGAUGGCCCCCCUGCCUGAGAACAUAGUCAAUCCUGUGGAUUGGCUUCGAACUCUUGGGAGUGAUGCGAAGUGUGUAGUGUAGCUGUUUCACCAAGAUUCAUUUGUUCAUUCAUGCAUUGCUCUAAAAUCUCGUACAUUAGGUAAUAAAUGAUGAAUGGACUGCACUCAUUUGUAAUCAUAGGUGUGUCCUGGGUUUUCCAUUAGGUGGAGCCAAGUUUCACUGCUCCACUCCCCACCCCGUACAUGUCAAGUAAACGAAAAAGAUCUUCUCAAUUGAUGCAAAAGUGAAAAUAAAGGGAUAAUGUGCCUCUCAUGAUGGCCUGCCUUUGGUCUGGGUGCAAAGGUGGCUAGCAUAAACACUUCCUAGAAUGCAACAUCAGAGGUCCUCGGCCACCAUUGUCGUCAAAAAUCUGCGUAACCAUAACCCUGCACUUUCAACAAUGACGGGAUAGGUCCGACUGAGUCAAGGCACGAGGCAGACUUGACGUCCCCUUUAGAUGAUUAAGGGGAAACGGCAGGACCCUGUGUGCACGCCUUUUCAGUAACACUAGUCUCUCUCAGUGGUAAUACAAACGCUCAGUGGUGGCCUUGAUGGAGGGUUAAUUUUGAGUGGUAGCUUUUGUUACAGGGCCGGGUAGGGGGGGGGGGUGAGACCAAGGUGCAUUUAUUUGUCGCCCCCCCCCCCUUCCUGGGGAUCUUUAAAGGGGUGUAAAGCCCCUCCACCCUUGCCGGAAACCUUAAUGUUGCCAAUUGUUGGCUAAAUUUGAUCCAGACAUCUAGUAUACUGCUAAAACUGCCACAGAAGAUCAGUCUGAGCUUUCGGAAGUACCAGAAUCAAACUACGUAUAUAUGUCACCCAUAGAAGUAACGGUUGAAGGUGUCGCACGCCUAAUAAAUAACCUUAAGCUAACCGCAUCCUGUGGCGUCGACGAUAUUAAUUCUAAAAUCCUCAAAAACACGGUCAGAGUGUCCAAUCAAAUCCUGACACACAUAUUCAUACAAUCAUUAGAGACAGGCAUGCUAUUCUUAGACUGGAAGAUAGCUAAGGUUAAACCCAUAUUUAAGUCAGGUAACAAAUACUCGCCAGCAAAUUACCGUCCAAUAUCAUUAACAUCGAUCUGCUGUAAAAUGCUAGAACAUAUAAUUUCAUCUAAUGUCUACAGCCAUCUGGAAGCUAACAAAUUUUUCUUCAGAAAUCAACACGGAUUUCGAAGGAAUUUCUCAUGCGAGUGCGAGACACAAUUAUUCGAAUUAACAACCGAUUUACAUGCUAACAUGGACAAGGAUCUACAAACUGAUUGUGCUUUCCUAGAUUUUUCAAAAGCAUUUGAUCUCGUAGCACAUCGCCGCUUGCUUUUUAAGUUAUCUGUUCUAAAACUAGACUCUUACCCUAACAUGGAUCCGUAAUUUUUUGUACAAUCGUCAACAAUUCACAGUAGUUAAUAAUUUUUCAUCUCCUCUUUCUAGUGUUACUUCAGGGGUACCACAGGGAAGCGUUCUUGGGCCAUUAUUAUUUCUUAUAUACAUUAAUGACGUACCGAGUAAUAUUUCCACACACGUGCUCAUUUUCGCAGGAGACUGCAUUCUUUAUUCUCCUAUUAAGACUAACGACGAUCACCAAGUCCUCCAGAGAGAUCUUGAGCUUGUUUCUCUUUGGUGUAACACUUGGCUAAUGAAGCUUAACGUUUCUAAAUGUAAAAUCAUUUGUUUUAGCCGAAAACGUACUACAUCUACAUUUUUGUACCAUAUAAAUAACACGAAUAUCUUGCAUGACACACAAUAUAAAUAUCUCGGCGUUUAUCUAACUUCUACCCUUUCAUGGUCAACUCACAUUGAAUACAUUUUCGGCAAUGCUUCGAGAUCAUUGGGCUGGAUACACCAUAAGUUCCAUCAUUCUACUAACGAUAUUCGUAAACUAGCUUACCUAACAUUUGUACAACCUCAGCUUGAGUACGCAGCAUCCAUUUGGUCUCCCCCAUCAGAAAUAUCUAAUCGAAAAACUCGAAUCUAUACAAAAUAGGCCUGCACGUUUCAUUUCACGUUGUUAUGACUAUAACACAAGCAUUACACAAAUUAAACUCGACUUAUCGCUUCAUCCUUUGCAUGAUCGUCGGGAUAUCGCCCUGCUAUCAUUGUUUCAUAAAUACAUCUAUAACACAGAGUCACCAUUUUUGCAACUUGAAACUCCACAAUAUAGGUCACAACAUUUAUACAAUCAGUUUAAUUUCAUGCGCAUCUACGGGAAGACUAAUUCAUUUAACUAUUCCGCUCUUCCAAGAGCCAUUCGCCUGUGGAACGACCUUCCUAACACCAUAGCUUUUGUAAGUAACCAAGAUAACUUCAAGCAUCUACUUGCCACACAUUUGUUAAAAUAAUGAUUGAUACCAUACCUAUUGCAUUGUCCUUUUCAUAGCCUUAUUGUUAUUUCUGAGCAAUUUUACGUCACAUGUUCUUUUGUAAUAGCAGAGUUAUGUCGCGUUCGUUCUUUAAUUAUAUUGCUCGUAUUUUAUGUGCCACAUUUUGUUGUGUAAAUGCGCUGUCGUGAUUGAAAGUGUAUUCUUUCCUUGCCUCUCUUUAUUGUAUAACGUAAUGCUGACUACGUUCCCGCAUAUGUUUCUGUAACAUUUUUUUUUUGCUGUUCUUAUGUAUUUCUUGUGUAUUUAUACGCAUUCAUUUUGUACACUGUUCAAAUGUAACAUUUUUUUGCAUUACCUCCCUUACGCAAUGCCUCCAGGGGCCUGUAAGGUACUUUUAAAUAAAUAAAUAAAUAAAUAAAUAAAAUGAAGCAGUUGUCCAAGUGAACUGAAGUAAACUAAGUACGGUAAGUAAACUGUGUUAGUAGAAGUUGAAUAGCAACAGUGAUUUAUUCUGUAUGCCUCCCUGGACACAGCAACUUUGACU